GAGUCAAAGCUGUCAAAUUGACAUAACAUUAUUUUUGAUUUGACAUGUCAUUAUAUUUUUAUGUUUUUUCAUUGGAUUCGCCGUUUGUGCCAUGCGUAAUUUGUAAAAUUUCAUUACCUACCUAUUUCUGAUAGUUUUGUACUAAAUUCUUACACAAGUGAUCAAGAUGAGCGUUUGGCCAGAGGUGACGACUGCAAAGUCGGAGAACCGACACGAAAUCAAGUUGGCGGGAGCUAGCAUCUCCAAACGUAUUACUGAAGAUGGUUUGGACAAAAGCGUGUUUCAAUUAACUAGCCUGAACCUGUUAAAUAUAAGCGACACAUGCCUUACAGCUAUUCCUGAUGAAAUAAAACGUCUAGUGAACUUACAGUCACUUCUCCUAUUCGGUAACAAGAUCGAGGUGUUCAACGAAAACAUAACCUACUUAUCGAAAUUAAAAGUCCUAGAUCUUUCAAGAAAUCAACUUAAAAGUAUCCCAGAAAGUAUAAACAACAUGAAAGACCUGUCUAGUAUUAAUUUCAGUUCUAAUUUAAUCGAUUCUUUUCCAAAACUUGGUGACUUGCCAAAUUUAAUAUCAGUAGAUGUGUCAAAUAAUAAAUUAACAAGGUUUCCUGAUGUAGAUGAAGCAAAUUUGCCUCAUUUGACUGACUUUAAAGUUAAAGGGAAUGCUAUUGAGUCACUGCCUAACUGUGUGAGCCGCAGUUUGCCUUCUCUGAAGAAUUUUGACAUUGGAGACAAUCAACUGAAGACGGUGCCUGGAGAGUUGGCUUCUAUGACGAAAUUGAAAGAACUAAACCUCAAAGGAAACAAACUGGCAGACAAACGCCUCAUGAAGCUAGUGGAUCAGUGUCGCACCAAACAAGUCGUUGACUACAUCCGUGAACACUGUCCAAAGUCUGACCAGUCCCAACCUGUGACGGGGAAAGGAAAAGGCAAGAAAGGAAAGAAACAGGACGACCAACCGCCUGAAGAAGCAGUCUGUGACCUGUGCCAUUCCAUGAGGAUUCUCCAUGUCGAAGAUGAUGUUGUAAAAGUGAAGAUUCUAGAGUCUGAAGUGGGUCCUGUCCGUCCGUACAUCUUGUGCUGUAUCGUGAAUGAGCUGAACUUCACAGAGGCACUGUUUAGGAAGUUCAUUCAGAUGCAGACUAAGCUGCAUGACACGGUGUGUGACAAGAGGAAUGUGGCGACUAUUGCGACACAUGACAUGAACAAGAUUGCACCUGGAGACCUAGUGUACACAGCGAAGAUUCCGUCACAGCUAAAACUGACCCCGCUGUCGAGGCUCCGCCCCUGUUCCGGGGAGCAGCUGUUCCAGCAGCUGACGGCGGAGGCCGACGCCCUGCGGAAGGAGAAGAAAAGGAAUGUCUACUCUGGCAUACACAAAUACCUGUACCUGUUGGAGGGCAAGCCGAAGUACCCGUGUCUCCAGGACGCGAGUGGGAAGGUCAUCAGUUUCCCGCCAAUCACGAACAGUGAAGAUACCAAAAUGUCACACGAGAGCAAGCGGAUGCUGGUGGAAGUGACGUCACAGACGUCCAUCGGCGCAUGCAAGACCGCCAUGAACAAGUUCCUACAGGAAACUCUUCUACUCGGUCUCGGGGACACUGACCCCGACCAGGGGUACCACUCGCUCACUGUACAACAGGUACAAGUGGUGGACCCGGAAGGCAACCUAAAAAGCGUUUAUCCGUCACGAACAGACUGUGUCUAUGAAAAUUCCUCCAAUAUCAAAGUGUACCGUAUGCCAAAGAAAUAAGGGACAGGCAAAUAUUUUAUUUUUAAAAUGCAUGUAUUCGCCUUAUAUUACUUUCUUUUUUGACUCGCCAAAUGAAAAGUGGCCAGUAUUAAUUCCAUCCAUAGCCAAUAAUAUAGCCAUGAGUAUUUCAGAAUAUAAUUUGUAAAUAGAAUAUACCAACAUUUGGCUUUCUGGUGUUGCCAUAAUAUUCAAAACUUUUUCAGUAUUCUGUUUUCCUCUUGUACUGGUAAAAUUAUAUUGAGUAAAUUAAAUAAUAGCUGUAAGUUUUAUAAGGUCUGCGUCACACUUGUUAUAUUAUACUUACACCAUUCACAACAUAAUGUUGGUUUCAUGCAAAAAAUUACCAUAAAAUAUUUUAAAGCUAAUAAUGAGUGAAAUAUUACUAACAAAAACAAUCUUUUAAUCAUUGCCAAACUAUGUUCCCAAGAUUUCAUUGUAAAAAGCAAAGCUUUUUUUUAAAUUAAUAACUUUAAAGUGUAAUGUCAGUUCCACACUGUCACUGAACUCGGACACACGCCGACUCGAAUGCGUGAACAUUGCGUAGUUGGUAUAAGUGCUUUAAUUUAUGGCAAUGAAAAACCAGCAAGUUAUUAAUCAGCCAAAGUUUGGCAAACUAUUCGACGACAGUGUGGAGCCGGCAUAAAGGAUUAAUAUCAUAUAAGUGCACAAUUAAAAAAAGGCAUGGAUUGUUGUAAAAUUGUCUGUGAUUAUGGUACCUACCAAUGUCGAUGUAAAACAUCAUGAGUGUUUAAAGUAAGUGCAAGUUUUCGUUGAAUGUUUUUUUGAAUAAAGUAUUUUUGCAAUU